AUGCAGUUUUACCCAUCUGUAAAUACUUCAUUUUUUAAUAUCAAUGAGCAUCCUCUGGUUAGCAAUACAGUGGAUGGUGUUUUAGAAAAACUAGGAGGCGAUGAUAUUUUGGAACGACUGAAGCGACCCAAUUCAAAGUGGAAUAUUGACAGUAUCUAUGAAUAUGUUCUCUUGACUACUCCACUAGAAGAAAUCCCUAUUGGAGCUUCGAUUACGUUACCUGAUUUCAUUAAAAAAAGCAAAGGCAUUUUCUCAUUAGAAAACAUACCAAAUAAUAUGUGUUUAUGGUAUUGCCUUGCCCGUCACAAGUUCUCUGACUUGCAAUUGGAUAGACUUGCAACUAAAGCGAAAGAACUAUUCAAGAGCUAUUACACCUUCAAACCGGACCAGAGCUAUUGUGGGGUGGAGAUGCAAGAAUUGGAUACCAUUGAAAAUCAUUUUGAUGUAAACAUAAAUGUUUACCGAUUUAAUGGAACAAAAGCUGUGAUGGAGCGACAUUCAAAGAAAACAUUUGAAUCUACUUUGACAUACAAUGAUGCAAGUCGUGAGACACAAGAACAACUUGAACCGAAUUACAAAAGUAAGAAAUUGAUUGGAAGUAUGUUUGGGAAAAAGAUGAUGUUUCCGACAGAGUUGUUGAAAUGGUAUCUAGAGCACAGACUUAUAGUGACCAACAUUACCUAUGCUGUAAAAUAUGAGCGUUCAAAUGAACGAAGAGCAAGAGACACAAACCCAAAUCAUAAACUUCGUGGUGAUAUAAUGAAACUGAUUGGGAAUGCACCGUACGGAAAGUGUAUAAUGAACUUUCUGAAGCACGAAACGGUCAAGAUUGUAGGACAAGACACUUACAAUAAGAACGUGCGAAGAAAUAAUUAUCUCGGACAUCAAGACCUUGUGGAGGGAUACGAGUUUCGGUUUAGUAAGACAUCCUUCAAGCAAAGUCUAUCACUCCAUAUUGGAUUCCAAGUAUAUCAACUAGCCAAGUUACGAAUGUUACAGUUCUACUACGAUUUUAUUGAUUAUUACGUAGACAGAAGCGACUUUCAAUAUUGCAUAAUGGAUACAGACUCGGCAUACUUUGCGAUUUCUGGAGAUUCCUUACAAGACGUAGUGAAACCACACCUCUUCAAUGAAUUCCAACAACAAAAGAAAUAUUGGUUCGGGAGAGAUGAUACCCCAGCGAACAAAUUAUAUGACAGCAGAACACCAGGAUUAUUCAAGUUGGAAUACAAAGGAGAUUGCGUUAUAUCAUUGGCUAGCAAGAUGCAUUAUUGUGACGAGAAAAAGUUUAGUUCAAAGGGUAUCAGCAAGAAUCAAAAUGAAAUUACCAAGCAAAAGUAUCUGAAUGCUUUGAGUGGAAAUGGAGGUCAGGAGUUUAUCAAUAAUGGUUUUAGGUCAUAUCAUAACCAAAUGAAUACAUAUUCAUUAACAAACACUGCGAUAAAACUGUUUAACGAUAAACAACUCCGAGUGGGUUACGAAACAUUUCCAACCAAAUUAUAA